UCAUAAGCAAUAGUGUCUUCAGCCUUAAGACUGGUGAAAUCUCUAAAUGUUAAUACUUGUAUAUAAUAAAGUUAUUCCUACCUUUUCAAAUUGGUUUAGCACAUUUAGAUGAUAUAUUUGAAUAAAUUAAAUGGCCAUUCCUAUCACAGUGUUGAUAUAUUUGCUGACAACACUUCUCUUUAUAUUUCUUUUUAUCUACCCUACAAUCUAUGUCUGUAGAAGCAGAACAGUCCAACAAUACAACAUUUUCCCAGUCAGAAUAUCGGCGUAUAACUACAAUCAAAACAUCGUUAAAUGGUAUAGGCUGGAAGGAGAACUACAGGGCCACCCUAAAUGAAUUUGUCUGCAGCGUAAAUGAUCUUGUAACUCACGGGUUUGCUUUUGCAAAGUUCAUAUUUCUCAAAGAAUUUAACAAAGAUGGUGAAUUUGACUUCAAUAAAUAUGUAACAAAGGCAUUUUUUCAAGAAGUAUUACUGGCACUAGUUGAUCGUAAAACCAAGGAAGGAAGACUCGCUGAAAAGACACGAGAUAUCAGACAAUUAAUAAACACUUAUAAAGACGAAUACAUCCAGGUGUCAAGUUAUAUACCAAUCACACUGACCAAUGCUCAACAAAUUGCAUUUUAUGAAGGGACCAAAAUACAUACAGCAUACAUUAAUAAUGUCGCUCAACAUUUUGGUAAUAGACUCAGAAUGUUUUUAAAUCUAAUAUCAAACAAAAAAGAGAAAAUUGAAAAUAUGACUCAAGAAAUGAAAAGCAAAGGUUUUACGGAUGAGGAAAUCAAAAGUUCAGUAAGGACCCAUAUUACCAAUGUGUGUACCCAGCUCAAGUUGAAUGUUUCAGCAAAGAAAUUCCCUGAUAUUCCAGCCAAUUUUCUAGAUAAAAAGGCGUUAGAACAACUACAACAAUUUUUAGAUGUUUAUCCAGAGCACUACAAAUUCAAAAAAGACUCUAUCUAUUAUGAUGUGAAAUCAAGUCCACAAAAUCAUUUACGUGCAUUUUACACUUUGGCAAAACUUUGUGAAGAAAGAAAGAACAAAAGUUUUACUUGUUUUCCCUUACGAACAUCUUUUGUCCCUUGUUAUGUCACAAUUGACGCCAAGAUUUUGAAUUACCACAUUCUUAAGCGCAAGAGCUUUCCUGUUGGCCAAAAGCAUGAACUGUGGAAACAAGUCAUCAAUUAUGAUUGUAAGGCAAUCAAGUAUUCCACGACAAUGAAUUUUGAAGGAACUUUAGAUACCGAUGGAGUUGGUGUGUCCUUACUCAAACAAAACUUUAGCCCUGAUCGUAGAGGCACGUUGAAUGUUGAAGGAAAGCCCUUAAAAGCUGAUAAUGACGAAUUCCGCUAUCUAGAAAGCCUGUCGAAGAAGGAAUUAGACAAUACUUUAAAGAAAUGUGUUCUGAUUGAUCCAGGAAGGCAUGACCUCUUAUUCUGUAUGCAUGAAGAUAGUUCAAUAGAAGAAAAGAAGCUGUUUCGCUUCACGAGAAAUCAGAAGUUAGUAGAAACAAAAGCAAGACGUUUCAAUAAGCUUCGAAAAUUUAUGAAACCGGCUUAUAUUCAAGAAUUAGAAGCAAGUCUAUCCAAAAUACCAGCAGCAACUGUGGAUCUUGUCAAAUAUACCAAAUAUAUCAAGCGUCGAUCUAAAGUUUCACAACCUUUAAAACGGUAUUACUCUAGUGAAGGUGAAUUCUUGGAUAGAAACAUCGGCUAUGUUUACGAAGAUAGUGACGAAGACGAUCCAGCUAUUGGCAUAGAUGAUACUGCCGCCGCUACUGAUAACAUUUGCCCUAAACCAGCUUUUGAAUGUAAGAAAUCAAAAAAUAAACUUGGAACCUAUCUCUCCAAUCUUCGUUACAUUCACCAAGAAAACAACACCCAAAUUCAGCUUGCAGAGGACGAUAUUACGCAGCUUAACACCGUAAUACAACAAACCGAUGAGAUUUUACAAAAACCAGAAACUACAGAAGAAGGCUUCGAAUCCCAAAUCAGCAUAGUCAAAAAUUUACUUGAAGAAACCAAAGCCAAGCUGCCUACCCUCAAAUUUCGAAAAAUGAAGCUCCAAAGUACCAUAAAUCGGCAACAAUCUGAAAAAAGGUUAGUUAAUGCUUUAAAAGCUAAAUUUGGAGAAGAUGCUGUUCUUGUCUUGGGUAACUGGUCUGCCUCUCACGUGAAAUUCCAUGAACCAACCAAAGGAAAAGGAAUGCGCAAGAUGCUCCGAAACGAAGGAUUUGAAGUCUUACUCAUAGAUGAAUUCAAUACUUCAAGCAUCUGCCCUGAAUGUAACUCGGAUUUAAAAAAAUUCAAAACUAUAGAAAAUCCUCGGCCAUAUAGAAGAAGUAAGAUGCUGGAGGUUAUAUGUCAUGGUUUGUUGAAGUAUGAAUAUUGUAUACAGAUAUUAGUAGUAGGCAUAUUUCAUCUCACUCUCAUAUGUUUGUAGGUGUGUUAACAAAGAUUGCUUAAAGAUAGAAGGGAAAGACCGAGUAUGGAAUCGUGACCUUGCUGCUGUCCUCAACUUUCGCAAAAUUCUCUUUUCGCUUCGAGAAACAGGUGAUCGUCCAGAAGCUUUCAACAAAAGUAGAAAGGAUGGAAAUCGAAAAAGAAAACCUCCCACCAAAGAAAAUAAAAGAACCAAAAGAACCAAACACAAUUCCGCCUCAGUUAUCGAUGAGGCAUCCACAGUGCAGG